GCAUAACAAGUCUUCGUCAUAAGCUGCAUUGUAUCUGAGCUGGGAUUUGGCCGUGUUGGGAUCACCGCGGUCUAGUGCCGCCGGAUUUGACUUCUCCAAUCCAGGUGACACCUAUCGCACGCUCCUUGCUUCGUCGUCGGCAUCUUGCCGAGAGUCCUCAUUGGACCCCUUCUGUGGUGAAGGCCUGAGCAGCUUUAUCAUCAUGGUAUACACGGUCUUCCAGAAGCGCACCCGCUUGGGAUGCGCAGUUAUAUGACGCCGAACUACCGGAGUGCCUCCCCCACACCGCAUACACCCGUUCACGAUGCCUACCGCACCUGUUGAUACUCGAGGAUCUGUCCUCUACUUUGAAGACAGUGGCGUUCCGAAUGGUUCCACCGACUACAUUACACUGUUCAUGAUACACGGCACCUGUUUCCAUAGCGCUGGAUUCAGGCCCAUCAUCCCGUUCGCUACUCAGAGUAAUAUCCGUUUGGUCUUACUCAACGUCCACGGUUACCCUGGUUCUACCCCGUACUCAGACGAAGAACUCGAUCGUCUGGAAGGCAGUUUGGAAGCGCGUAAGGCGGAGUUGCAGGCGCGAGGGUCUGAGCUAGCCGCGUUCAUCCGCUGGUUCAUUAUCACGGAAAAGAUUCCCCCCAUCAGUGAGAGUAGCCACGGAGUGCUCAUUGGGGGGCUUUCGGUCUUGGCAUGGUCUGGGGGCAACGGACACUCGCUGUGCAUGUUCGCCCACGCCGAUAGACUCGCAGAAGAUACGAGGAAGCUGUUUGACGAGUAUCUGCGCAGCCUCAUCCUCUACGAUCCAAGUAGCACGGCUGCCGGGACCCCGGCUCCCCCUGCGCUCAAGAGUAUCAGACCUGACAGGUCACUUCCUCUCGAGGAACAAGCUAUCUUCUUUGGUACUCAAGCGUCGUCCUUCUAUCCCCCGUUCACACUCCCCGACACAAUCCCGGAGACGCCGUCUUACGCGCCUCGAGUGGCGCUACAUGAGGGUCCCGGGGCCGUCGACCCGAAGCUGCAGCCAACGACGUUCAAGAUGACUACAUCCGAGCUACGAAGCGUCAUGCACGUCCCCAUCAUGGAGCGUGCUCAGCACGUCAUCUGGUCGCCGCUGCUACGCGAGGUCUUCCGAGAAAACGUCAGGCGGGCGUUGUAUGACUGCCGGCACGACGAUGGGACUGGCGCAAAGAAGAAGAUCUUGCCCGCGGUACGGGUCCAUGUCGUUUGGUGCGACAUGACCUUAGGGGAGGUCGCAUGGGCAGUGGCGAACCUCAAUUGUGAGUACAAAGAAGCGGCGCCGGAGGCUCGCCGCCCUGUGGAGUUUCACAAGCUCGAAGGCGGUAACCAUUUUAUUCACUGGGAGGAACCUGCAAGAUUCGUUGGUGUCUUGGCAAAGAUCAUCUAGGUGAUGUGAUUGUGACUACUCUCUUUACGUUGCAAGUUGUAUUGCAGUGCUCGGCCGGUUGUGUAAGUACUGGAUUCCAUGAAUCCGCACUAAGGUCUAUGUCCUUAUCCGAGCAUUCUCACCCAUGAGACCAAAUUUCCUUCAGGACGUGCGGCGUUCCUUGGCCCUGGGUCCUGUUAAGUGAGAUAUCCCAUGUACAUGCGUUUUCUGAGUAACAAU